UGACCGGCGUGAAAACAAAAAUGGAAGUGAUAAAGCAAAACAUUUCUAAAAUAAAAUCUCCGUUGGGCGGAGAGAAGGUUUAUAAGGAUGAAUGUGCUUAUUCAUUUGACAACCCGGAAAGUGAAAAUGGUCUCUAUAUUUGCAUGAACACUUUCCUUGGUCUUGGUAAAAAGCACGUGGAAAGACAUUAUCGCAAGACUGGUAACCAAGUAUUUUUGAAUAUCAAAAGAAGAAGAAUAGAGGUACCAAAAGAUGAUCAACCACCAGAGAAGAAGCCAACCAAACUUGCCAUCGGUGUUGAAGGAGGAUUUCAAGUGGAUGACAAGAGUUUUAGAUUUGAAGAAGAGACCAGUAUAGUUGUUCUACCUGACUGGACUAUUAUACCAUUAACCAAUACAGAUUUACCAGACAUGGUUCAGCUAUCAGCAGCAAGUAUUUUAACCGCAGUCGAUGCAUGGAAAAUGGAAGAAGCAGCAGCCAUGGCUUGUACAUGGGAAGGAGAGAAAUUACGAGUUUCUAAACAUGCUGAUAAUUUGCUACAACUUGAUAACGGUAAAAAAAUUCCCCCGAAAGGAUGGAAGUGUGAACAAUGUGACCUCACAAGCAAUUUAUGGCUGAAUUUAACAGACGGAAGUAUUCUAUGUGGACGUAAAUUUUUUGAUGGUAGUGGAGGAAAUAACCAUGCUGUAGAGGCUUAUCAACAAACUAAGUAUCCCUUGGCGGUUAAAUUAGGAACUAUCACAGCAGCCGGUGGAGAUGUUUAUUCUUAUGAAGAGGAUGAUAUGGUUGAAGAUCCACAUUUAGCUAAACAUUUGGCACAUUUUGGAAUCAAUAUCUCAGCUUUAGAAAAGACAGAUAAAACUAUGGUUGAACUAGAGAUUGAUUUGAAUCAGAAGAUAGGAGAAUGGGAUGUAAUACAAGAAUCAGGAAAUAAAUUACAACCAGUAUAUGGUGCAGGAUUAACAGGAAUGCGUAACCUUGGUAACAGUUGUUACAUGAAUUCUGUCAUGCAGGUUGUUUUUACUAUACCAGACUUCCAAAAAAGGUACUAUGAUAAAUUAGAAGAAAUAUUUGGAAAUGCAGGUGGACAUAUUCCAGAUGAUCUCAAUGUUCAGAUGUAA